AAGGGGCUCAUCCGAUGCCUGAAAAACGAACAGCUAAAUAGUCUUUAAUGCAAAAUAAUUUAUAUUUCGAACAAUUCACAUUUUCUGGAACAGUUUAUUUUAUCUUUUGUCACAUAAAUAAGCAUUGCAUGUUAAAUCGAGAUGUCUAUGGAUUAUACAAGCGUUUAGAAUUCCUCGAAUCUGCUCAAUUGCAUCUCCUCAGCUAAGCGUGGUACGACAUAUGGGUCGAAUGUCUUCCAGUAUGGGUUUGUCAAGUGGUAGUGUUCUGCGGCAAGUCAGUCGGUGUUCCGCGGGGAGGCUCUACCUACGGCUGGAUUCCUGUUCGUAACGCUCAACGACAGCAAACUUGGUUGCGUCCUUAGGAUCUUGCAUGACGUGCCAGUCGAUUGUUUCCUUGUCCUAGACAGUGUGAGCGUAUUAAAGGGUGUGAAGUGUACUCACUUGGCGGUAGAUACGUGAGGCUUCGUGAAGCUUAGCCUUGACCUCCUCAACGGUCUCUGGCUUGGCUUUCAUGUGUACGAUGAGUGUGUAUACCAUUUUCUAUUGUGAAAAGAUGAAGUUGCUAAGAGAGAGGAACACGAGUGUUACGGAAGUGAAAAAGGAAAGAAACCGAAUGGGAAACGUGUAAUAUCCUGUAUUCUGCACAUUUCGGUGUCUUCCAACUAUCGGAUAGACUGUCAUUUGCUAGCUACUUACGUCUAAUUGACGUAGGAAUCAUAUCAACGUGAUUACUCUUUUCGAGCCAUUUCCAGCUGUCUGAUACGUUGUAUUUCCUAUAAUGGCUCCUAGAAUACAUCUCUUCAUUCCUGGUAGAGAGGAUUUCACAUGAUUCAUUCUCGGCUAGCUGAUUAUCGUACUUUCGGAAUAUGUACACUCUAUUUUAUUUAUUCCAUCUGGUACUAUCGCGAGAGUCAGCUAUUUUAUCCUCUACUAUGCUGUUACUUCUUCAACAGCUACCACCAUGGCGUCGACGAGUGCAGGCCCCAGCACGCACGAGCUACAUUCUCUCAACCUUCUCAAUACUUAUGUAGACACCCUUGAUGCUCUGCCGAUAGAGCUCAGUCGGCAUUUCCACGAGAUGCGUGAACUCGACGCAAAUCUCUCGAACUCUGCUGAUCAGACUAUCACGCAGCUGAAUAAGCUCACCUUAGCCUUAGAAGACGAGUCGCUAUCACCCAAAGAGCGUUUUCUUGCACUCAGAGACGUAAGCGACACUAUCAAGCAGUAUAAACUCAACCAGGAAGAAAAAAUCAAGCUCGGUACUGCUGCUUGCGAAACGAUGCUCGCACACACCGAAUACACGGACCAAGUGCUCCUACACUUUCUCCUACACGAUCCUAGUCUAUUUCCUCCAGCUCCAUUAUUCCCGCCUUCUGGGACGAAUUUGCAGAGACUCUUUGCGCGUGCGAUGCUCACCAUCAGUCCGAAUGCGAUUAAUGGACGGCGGCGCGCUCUCCAACCACCACCAGGAAGUUUGUAUGGCGAGUCACGCAAGCGUCCGCUUAGUUCAGCUAUGAAUCAGCAGACUUCGAACAAAGUAUCUAGUCGGAGAGUGCCUACAAUAUCUGGGGCUGGUCCACGAGGUGGAAUUGGUCAGAGAAGAAACGACUCCCCUAUCAGUAAUUCCCCGAAUCCAUCAGAGUACUACGGUAAUAAAGCAACAACUGUCAGACAGAUCGAGAAAACAUCGCAAAGACGCCCUAAUAAUGGACAAUUACUGUAUUCUCCACCACCAUCACCAUAUCAGUAUGCCCAGAUACCUCAAGUGCAGCCUAAUUACGUAGUACAGCAGCAGACAUACCAGCCAGUACCUAGGAUGGCAGAAACCACCAAUGGGUAUAAUUAUGCUCAGGAGCCAUCCUAUGACGACAUUGACAACCCUGGUGCUGGAGGUGAUAAUGAUGCUGAUGAAGCGAGGUAUUGCUACUGUAAUGGUGUAUCCUACGGCCAGAUGAUUGGUUGUGAUGACGAGCAAUGUCAGCGAGAAUGGUUCCACAUUGGUUGCGUUGGUCUCGAUAAGCCCCCAAGUGGGAACUGGAUAUGUGAAGAAUGUGCAGCCAGACGCAGGCAAACAGGUACAAAAAGAAGAGGCGCGAAAAAAGUGCUUAGCUGAACAAUUAAUUUUUGUAUUUUUUUGCUUUAAU